AUGAACGCUGAGGAGUACUGGAGACUUCGCGCGCAGGAGGCUCAGAACGAGUAUGAGCAUGUCAUCCAGACCCAGCGGGAUGAAAUCGAGUCCUUGCAACGGCGCUGUCAAGAACUGCUGCACGAGCGCUGUAUGAUGAAGGCCCAGACCGCGAUGGAGGUGCGGAAUUUCGUGUUGAACCUCCAAGGGGAGCAGCGUCCGCUUGCGCGCGGAUCGCACGCUACGCUCGACGUCAUCCCCAGCCACGCGGUGUUGAACUUUUUGCAUCGCUAUAGCAACGGCUUCGCGCCGGCGGCGGGAAACGUGCGAAAGCGGAAUCGAAGCGCCGACGUCCCGUCCGUCUCGCAAAGUCGUCUUCACCAGCGCCUGAUGGCGCGAAAGCGAGCUCGCGAGGUCAACGAGGCGGAGGAAAACGUGCUGUGUAAUAGAGUUGAGCAGGAUUCGGGAUCGAAACUCGGCGUUCUGCGGCCGUUUGGGGAUGGUAGGCCCCCUGCGGAGGGUUUCAAAGGCAAUAGCUGGUUGGGGUUGAGUAAUGGCGACGUGGGAGAGCACGACGGAGGGAGUGUAAUGUUAGCACCUUCCGCAUUUGGUUUCUCCUCCGUGGUUCCAAACUAGUGAAAAAAAGGCGUUGAUGGUUAAAUUAAUGGUUUCUUUUUCUAUGAAGAGUGAUGGUCAUGUAUUUUCCGUUUUUCGCUACCUUCCUUUCACUCACACAAACAUUGUUUCGAUUAAUUGUGAUUUAUUUUGCUUUUUCUUUUUUUUUCCUAAUUAUGUUCCUUAUUGAUUAUUUAUUGAUUUUUUUGCAUGCUAAGCGAUAAAUUACAGUAAAUGGGCAGUUUUCAGCAACAGAAGCUACACGAGCAGAAAAAUAGAUACCCCCCCCCAAAAAAGAACAUCCUCGUUCGAAUAGCCCAUAUUCUGCAUGUGUGCGUGUAAUUUUCUAAUAUCUUCCUUGGCGUGGUUCUUCUUUUUAUCAG